AUGCGUUUCCUUGGUGUCAGAACAGUCCAGCUAGCUUCCUUAGCUGGUUUCUCAUGGGGAGGAUCUAAACUUGACGAGGUUCAGGCCGCUGCUAAACCACGAACAUGUCCGAUUCAAAUUCAACGUCCCGAACAAGUGAAGGAUGAUGUUUUGUUGAGUCGAAAAGUUAUCAAUCAUUUGGACAAAUCAAACUUGAAACUGCGAUUAUAUCAAUACGAAACAUGCCCGUUUUGCUGCAAAGUUCGAGCGUUCCUCGACUACUACGGUUUCUCGUAUGAACUCGUUGAAGUAAACCCAGUAACAAGAUCUCAAAUCAAAUUCAGCACACAAUAUAAGAAAGUCCCAAUUAUCCGAAGUGAUGACACAACUCUAACAGAGUCUUCCCUGAUCAUCUCACAACUCGCGACUUUCCUUCAAAGACCCGAUCAAAGCCUGGAUCAAGUGAUUCAAAUGUAUCCAGGAGUCGAUUCAACGAACGAAAAAGGAAAGCCAGUUGUCAAUUACCCCAACAAAUUCUUCAUUAUGAAAGGAAAAAUGGAAGGAGAAGCCAACAUGGCAGCAGCUAGAGAAGAAAGAGAAUGGAGAGAAUGGGUGGACAAUUGGUUCAUCCAUCUGAUCUCUCCAAAUGUGUACCGUAACUGGAACGAAUCUCUUGAGACUUUCCGUUGGUUCGAACAAGUUGGUGAUUGGCAUCGUGCCUUCCCAGCAUGGGAAAGAGUACUGGCAGUAUAUGUUGGAGCUGCUGCCAUGUUCCUUUUAUCGAAGACCUUGAAAAAGAAGCACAACAUUGCGGAUGAGCGAGAAGAAUUGAGAAAAGCUUGUAGAGACUGGAUGGCAGCUAUCGGACCAAAUAGAAAAUUCUUGGGAGGAGAUCAACCAAAUCUAGCUGACUUGUCGCUUUACGGAGCUAUGAACUCGUUUUACGGUUGUUCAGCGUUCAAGGAGGUGAUUCUCGAGGAGAAAAUCGCUGAUUGGUGGCGACGAAUGGAUUCAGUUGUCAAGAAUCAUGAAGGAAGGAAAACUUUGGAAGCACGGAAUCCACAGAAACAAUAA